AUGGGAAGGUCGGAUUUGACUAUCCCGUAUAGAAGCGCAGAACAGAGGCGCAUACAUUCUCGAUACAGGACUUGGUCUUCCACGAUUGGCAGAUCUCCCGGCGCUAAGACAUGUUCUUGCAUCCGCAUUCUCUACCCCAUGCAGAAUCCACUCGUUUCAGUCCGCCGAAAGAUGCGCAUCAGGGUAUGUCAAGUGACGGCUAAUUCUUGUCAAAAAAUUAUCCGCGACUAUCUCGGACUAACCCCGGUCAACACGUCAUAUGGCUCAUCAUGCGGUGUGAGAAAUUUUGUCUAUAUUGUCCAGCUUUAUGGAUAG